GACAAAGUUAGGGAGACAUCUGAAAAAAGAAAGUUGACAAAGUUAUAAGGGACGAAGGUAGAGACAGUAAUUAAUUUUUCUUUUAAUUAAUUAAUUAAUGCUACCAAAAAAAUAAAAGAGGCAGUAAUUAAUUAAUGCUACCAAAAGACCCAAAUUCGAAGGGUAAACGCAAUAGGGAUAACGGAUUUACAGGGUGCAGUUUAAAAGCAGCUUGUAGCUAUUCCAUCUCCUUCCCUCUGCAACCUGAGAAUUAUUUUCCCCCUUUUCUCCAUUUGAUUUUUCAAUUCAAUACUACAACCUCGCCUGCAUCCAGAAUGGACGCGGAACGGGAGAGUCUGCCUCGCUUGACCGCGCUUAGUGGUACUGCCACCGUCACCGGAGGUAACAGCUCCGACGGUGAUGCGCCUCCAGCGACCUCCUCCCCUGCCGUCGUCAAUCAGAUUACCCAGCUCAUCCGCUCCGAUGACCCCGCUUCCAAAAUUCAAGCAGCGCUGGAGAUCAGACGUCUCACCAAGACUUCCCAGCGCUACCGCCGACACUUCGCUAACGUCGUCGGACCGCUCGUUGAUAUGCUCCACUCCAGCGCCAUCGAAUCGAACGAGGCAGCUCUCCUUGCCCUUCUUAACCUUGCCGUCAAAGACGAAUUGUAAGUGUCUUCCCGCUUACACAUGAACGGUUAUAAUUUCUUAAAUUGUUGAAUCUUUUUUUGCUUUUCAAAAUCGGAUCAAUCUGCCAUGAGAAAUGUAUCCCUUUCACGCCUUAAUUAAAUUUCUUGCGCUGUUUUCUUUCAUUGCUGUUUUAAGUGUAUUGCGUUCGCUUCUUGCCUUUUCAGUUUCCUCAUUUCUCUCAUCUCCUCUUCAGGGAAGAAUUGGUGAUGCUUUCAUUUCUUUUGUGCCCUCGCUCUUUACAAUCUCCUUCAAUCAAUCAUUUGUUCUUUCUUUUCUGGUCCUGCUUUGGUGGGUUGCAGAUCAAACAUGACAUACCAUAGUCCAUAACACUCCGUGGAUUAUAAAUAGUACCUUGAAACAAGGUAAGAAUAAUAGAGACUGGGGCUCUGCAACCUAUAAUAGGAUUUCUACAGUCCAAGAAUUUGACUCUGCAAGGGCACGCAACUGCAUCACUCCUCACGCUAUCUGCCUCUCCCGUCACAAAGCCCAUCAUAACUGCUUCUGGCGCGAUCCCUCUUCUUGUCAAAGUCCUAAGAAGCAGUGGCACCCCGCCACAGUCUAAGGCUGAUGCGGUAAUGGCUCUCUACAACCUCUCAUCUUACGAAGGCAAUAAGAUCCCGAUCCUCCAGACAGACCCCAUCCCUUCCAUUGUCAGUCUGCUCAAAUCCUGCAAAAGAUCUUCAAAAACAGCAGAAAAAUGUAUCGCUUUGAUAGAAUCUUUAGUCAGUUACGAGGAAGGUAGGACUGCAUUGACAUCGGAAGAAGGCGGGGUACUGGCGGUGGUAGAAGUUCUCGAAAGUGGGUCCCUUCAAAGCCGGGAACAUGCUCUAGGAGCCCUUUUGACAAUGUGUGAGAGUGACAGGUGUAAAUAUAGGGAACCCAUUCUUAGGGAAGGUGCGAUCCCUGGGCUUUUAGAGUUGACCGUUCAAGGGACACCAAAGUCUCAAGCUAAAGCACAGACUCUGUUGAGAUUGUUAAGAGAGUCUCCGUUUCCGAGGUCUGAACUCCAAGCUAACACGCUUGAGAACAUUGUUAGUAACCUUAUAUCACAGAUGGGUUCAGGGGAGGAGCAGCCGGGAAAGGCGAAGGAGAUGCUUUCUGAGAUGGUGCAAGUUAGCAUGGAGCAAAGCUUGAGACAUUUGCAGCAAAGGGCGGCUAUGGUUUGCACCCCUGCGGAUCUAUCUGUCACUAGGCGUGCUUCAAAAGUUUCUUCAAAAUGACACUUCAAGAACAUAAGUUUUCUUUUUGACGUAGUGGGGGGUGGGUGCCUUUGUAAUUGUGACAUCAGUAUUGAUUCUAUACUAAAGAAUAAGAUGUCUCUAGCAUAGAUGCCAGUCCAGGCCCUUACAGGUUUAUCUGGAGACUGGUCAAUGUAUUAUGUAUAUAAUCUGAAUGGAACCACAAUGUUUGGAACAGAGUUUUUUUAUGAAUACAUAGACUUUGUGAUGUAUACUGUGGACAGAUUGGUAAUAUAUGAUCCUUUUUUCCUCGAGAAUAAUAUAUGAUCUGAG